AUGCAGGCUGAAGGGGAAAGGAAGAAAGAUGGAGCAGAGAUCCAAGUAGACUGCUUGUACACCUGUGGAAGCCACAGGAGCAGAAAUAAGGAAAGCCAGAGGCCAGGGACGCUGGUAUCAGUUUUUGAUUCCUCAACACAUCAAGAAGAAAACUGGUGGAUAACACUCAGGAAUGAUGUCUUUUGCCACAAUAUAAUUAGUAUUUCCAGUGUGAAAAGCAGCAGGUCAAAUGGUGUUUGUGCUUUCCUGUAUAGUUUAAUGGUGCUCAUAAUUUUGACCACACUCAUUGACAAUCUGAUAGUUAUUAUUUCCAUAUAGCACUUCAAGCAACUUCAUACCCCAACUAAUUGACUCCUUCACAUGGCCACCGUAGACUUUCUGAUGGGGUGCCUGGUCAUGCCUUAGAGCAUGGUCAAAUCUGUUGAGCAUGGCUGGCACUUUGGAGAAGUCUGUAAAAUUCACACCAGCACUGACAUUAUGCUGAGCUCAGCAUCCAUUUUCCACUUGUCCUUCAUUUUCAUUGACCGCUACAAUGCUGUGUGUGAUCCAUUGAGAUACAAAGCCAAGAUGAGUAUCUUGGUUAUUUUUGUGAUGAUCUUGGUUAGUUGGAGUGUCCCUGCUCUUUUUGCACUUGGAAUGAUUUCUGAGCUAAAUUUCAAAAGAGCUGAAGAGACGUAUUACAAAUACAUUCACUGCAUAGGAGGUUGCUCUGUCUUCUUCAGCAAAACAUCUGGGGUACUGGCCUUUAUGACUUCUUUCUAUAUACCUGAAUCUAUUAUGUUGUGUAUUUAUUCCAGAAUAUAUUUCAUAGCUCAAGGACAAGCAAGGUCAAUUAAUGAUGCAAAUCAGACACUUCAAAUUGGACUGAAAGAGAAAAAUGGAAUGUUACAAAGCAAAGAAAGGAAAGCUGCAAAGACUUUAGGGAUUAUGAUGGGAAUCUUCCUAAAUUGCUAGUGUCCUUUCUUUGUCUGCAUGGUCAUGGAUCCUUUCCUGGACUACAGUAUUCCACCCACUUGGAAUGAUGCAUUGGUUUGGUUUGGCUAUUUGAACUCUACUUUUAAUCCAAUGAUUUAUCCAUUUUUCUAUCCCUGGUUCAGAAAAGCACUGAAGAUAACUCUAUUUGGUAAAAUUUUCCAAAAAGAUUCCUGUAGGCACAAACUAUUCUUAGAAUCACAUUCAUAGAAUUAUUAUAUCUACUGUUUACUGUUUUGCAAAACAACUGGUGAUUGUAUUUAUGAACACAACAUGAUUAACUACAUGCACCAAUUGUGGGUCUUUUAUCAGUCAUUGGAGCCAAAGAAUGUAUAGUGAGAUAUAAUUCUUACAUUUUGCUUCCUAUUCGAGACAUAGUAAUGUGAUCUUUGCCAUUCUUACUAUACACACUGAAGCUUUGUAAGCCCAAAAUUUAAGGCUCUACAAUGAACAUGAAUUUUCCAGGCCUUACAUGAACUGCCACGAAAUUGACAGUGGUACCUUAGUUGUUCAGGGGCUGCAUUUGGGAAUGCAAGU